AUGGCUUUGUUUCAAGUUGAUGGAUGGAACUUAAAUGAAAAAGUUGCCAAAGGUGGCCAAAACCAAAAAAAAUCCAAUAAAAAGCAAAACAGAAAGAGAAAACAAGAUGAAGUUAAUCUUAACGAUAUAAACUCUACUGCCUCACCAUCAGAAGAUCAAAAGAAUGAUAAUGAAGAAAUAAGGUCAGAUAAUAAAAAGGAAGAUUCAGAUAAACCAGAACCAAAAUCUCAAAAGAAACAAAAACUUAAUAAAAAGACUGAAGAUUCAAAGAAAGAGAAGGAAACUAAACCUGAACAACAAAUUGAACAAGAUGAAACAAAAACUUCAGCUCCACCAGCUCUUGAUUUACCAGUAAAUCGUAAAUUAACGCCAUUACAACAAAAAAUGAUGGCUAAAUUGACAGGUUCAAGAUUCAGAUGGAUAAAUGAACAAUUAUAUACAAUUACAUCAGAACAAGCGUUAAAAUUGAUUAAAGAACAGCCUUCAUUAUUUGACGAAUAUCAUGAUGGUUUUAGAUCACAAGUUCAAUCAUGGCCAGAAAACCCAGUUGAUGUUUUCGUUAAUCAAAUUAAAGAAAGAUCAUUAAGACCUGUUAAUGCACCAGGUGGUUUACCAGGUUUACCAAAGAACAAGAAAGUUGUUGUUGCAGAUAUGGGUUGUGGUGAAGCUCAAUUUAGUGCUGAUAUUGCAAAAUUUUUGAAAGAAAGAAAUGGUAAAAAGAAAGGUAAGAAACAAUUUCCAUUAGAUAUUGAUGUUCAUAGUUUUGAUUUGAAGAAAGCCAAUGAAAGAAUCACCGUUGCUGAUAUUAGAAAUGUUCCAUUGGCAGAUAAUUCAUGUACGGUUGUUAUCUUUUGUCUUGCCUUAAUGGGUACCAAUUUCUUGGAUUUCAUUCAAGAAGCUUAUAGAAUCCUUGCUCCAAGAGGUGAACUAUGGAUUGCAGAAAUUAAAUCAAGAUUCUCAGAUAAAGAAGGUGAAGAAUUUACAAAAGCUUUGAAAUUACUUGGAUUUUUCCAUAAAAAAACUGAUAAUGAUAACAAAAUGUUCACUAGAUUUGAAUUUUUCAAAGCACCAGCUGAUAUAAUUGCAGAAAGAAAAGCCAAAAUGGAAAGAAAACAAAGAUUUAUUGAGCAUGAAGAUGAAAAAGAACAGUUGGAAAGUAGAAGAGAACAAACUCCAGAAGGUAAAUGGUUAUUGAAACCCUAUUCUCUUAUUAACAAUGUUGAAAAGUUCACAUUCUAUUUGAUGACACCUAUCGGUGUGAUGUAUUAUGUUGGUAUCGAUGCUGAUAAAAAGUUCAACGUUCCAGGUUUCUGGCCAGAUCCUGAAACUACAAACAAAAUCCCAAAAGAAAGACAUGAAAUACAAGCUGAAUUAGCAAGAAUGAAGAAAGAAAGAUUAGAAAAAAGACAAAGACUAGAAGAAAAAUUAAUCAAUGAAUACGGUAUUGAUCUAGAGGAAGAAAAAGCAAAACUCAAAGGUGAUAACUGA